AUGGAGGAUGACUACUUAGUUGUCAGCCUGAGUGCCUGGGAAGAUGAUGUUAUCUUCUACAAUAAUAAGGAAAGUGAGGAAAUUGAGCCCCAGAAAAACAAACUAGCUUGUUUGAAACAUUCUGUUUUUCUAGCACCAGUGAAACCCACCCCUUUUGAGUUCUGUAAGAAUGGGGGCACCUUGGAGAAAGAUGGAUGCGUUUGCCCAGAGCAGUGGAAGGGACAGAGAUGCACUAUAGUUAAUUUCUGUAAAAACAGCACUGAUAACAAUUUCCAUUUCGACAUUAUCACAGUGGGAAAAUAUGGACCUUCUAUAGAAACAUGUGAAGAUAACACUAGCAAUGCGGGCUUCCCAAAGGCAACUCGGUUUUGCAACAUAACCAUUUAUGGUGACAUAACCUUGGGAAAUGUUUCAGAAGUGAACUGUAACCAGAACCUGGAGACACUGGCGGCUCAGGUAUGUGUUACACCAUGUCUGCUAGAAUCCUUGGAAGAUGGUAUUCCUCCAUCACUAGAAAUCUCACCUUGCUUGGGUUUUCCUGUCCUUUGCGACUGCUGUCCGAGUCCUUUCACAAUCCUUCAUAAGCAGUCCCCGAAAUGGGGUGGGGACUUUCCUUUAGAUGUUGUUAUGGUAGAAAGCAACACUACAGAUGAUUAUACAGAGAUUUCUUCCAAAACCCUGGCUUUAACCUCCAAUACAAACCAGCUGACAGCUCAGAACAUCUCAUAUGCUACCACUGUGGUACAGCAGAUUUUCAAUGAGUCCAAGAACGUACCAUCCGAGGUAAGACUUCCUGGAGUCCACAAGCAAAAAUACAAGCCUCCCCUUGCAAAGAAAGUUGCAGUAGCCACUGUAAGCCAACUUCUAGAUGCCAAAGAAGACAUUUUUGAAAAUGUUGGCAGCUUUGGAACACUUACUAAAGAAAUAGAGAAUUAUUCCUUGACUUUGAUGAAUGAAUCUAUAGUCCAGCCCAACAUUGCUGUCCAGUCUGUUGACCUGUCUACAAAAGAUCCUGUAACUGUUAUUUUUUCUGUUCGAAGAGGUGUUAAUGACAUUCUGGAUCCACAACAAACACAUAUAGGUAUAAAUGAAACGGAGCUGAAACCAGAGAGCCAAACAGAGCUACAGAUCCUAAUCAAUACCACACAAGGCACCAACAAGAAAUUUGGCUUUGUUCUGUAUCAGAAUAACAAAUUUUUUCAGUCAAAAAUAUUCACCAUGAAGUCAAAUUUUAGUCAAAGGAUUGUUGCAGGCAAAGUUUCUGAUGAUGAUACUAACAGUUCAAUGAUGAAGGAAGUUCCAAAUGUUUCUGUUGAAAUGAUUUUUAAAUCAAAGUAUAAUGAAUCUCAAUUCCAGCUCCAAUCCUAUGCCUGUGUCUUUUGGAAUUUUACAAAGGAUGACUGGGACACCUCUGGAUGUAAAAAGAAACCCCAAAACAACUCUCAAUUUCUUGGAUGCCAGUGCAACCAUACCACUAAUUUUGCUGUAUUAAUGAGUUUUCGUAACAAUUACAAUUAUCCUGAACUAGACAUCCUAUCUGACAUUGGUUGUGGAUUGUCCAUCGCUGGUUUGGCCUUUUCAAUUAUAUUUUAUGUUGUGACCAGGAAGCAAAGAAAGACUUCAAUCACCUAUGUCUUUGUGAGUCUCUUCACAUGUCUGCUGAUUUUCAACAUUCUUUUCCUCUUUGGAAUAGAAAAUUCAAAUAAAAAAAACAACAGUACUAUGAAUGCUACACGUGAUAAUGUGAUCCCUCAACAUGAUAAUGGCCCUCCAAAAAAUCAUUUGUGCACGGCGAUAGCUUUUUUCCUGCAUUAUUUUCUGUUAGCGACAUUUAUCUGGGCAGGACUCAAUGGUGUACAACUCUAUUUUCUGCUGAUCAGAACUAUGAAGCCUCUCCCUCGACAUAUUAUUCUCUUUCUGACUCUCACUGGAUGGGGAGUACCUGCUUUGGUAGCAUCUUUAACAGUGGGAAUUUUUUAUCCACUAAAAGGAGAAUUAGGAUACCGGCAGGAGGUAAUAUGUUGGCUUGCACUUCCAGAAAAUGGCAAUUUUGGGGAGAGUCCCUGGUUCUGGUCAUUCAUUUUACCAGUAGCCAUCAUUCUCUUUAUUAAUAUGACGGUAUUUAUUUUCAUCACAGUCAAGGUUCUAUGGGGAAGAAAUGAGAACUUGACAAGCACAAAAAAGAACUCAGCUCUGAAGAAGAUUCUUAGCACAAUAUCCAUUGCUGUGAUUUUUGGGCUUACCUGGAUUCUGGGUUACCUGAUGCUAAUAGAUAAUAACAAUAUAAUCUUCAAUUACUUAUUCUGCAUUUUCAACACAACACAGGGAUUGCAAAUUUUCUUCUUCUACACUGCUAGAACAAAAAUCUUCAAGGAUAAGAUUUCCAAUAUGUUCAAGUCAAUGUCAUCUGCUUUUGGGAGGAUUAAAAUGCCUUCUCUACAUUCAGAGGUGUAUGUUUUGCUUAGAUCUUUUCCAACCAGAAUUGAGCAAUUUAGAUUGUUGGAAUCAUCUAAGUUUACCCAGAAGACAUUUCAUUCUGAAAGUAGCCAAAUUAACUUAUGCAACUAAACGGUAAAAAUAUAGGUUUGAUACUCUAUUUUUGACAUAUCCAGUAUGAAUUUUAAAUGAUUUCUCCCCUUCCUAUUAGUACUUAACCUUAUCAGGCCCCUCUUUAAGUAUGUUUUUACCAUGGGAAAAAAAUAAGAAGAUAUCGUCUGUCAUACAGAACUACAACUACCAUUUUUCACACCUCAGUUGUUACACAGUGCUCUCUCUCUCUCUCUCUCUCUCUCUCUCUCUCUCUCUCUCUCUCUCUCUCUCUCUCUCUCUCUCUCUCUCUCUCUCUCUCUCUCAUAAAAAGUGCCUAAAAAUCAAUUGGAAUAUAAAGUCAUCUGAGGGGGAAGGGCAAAGGAGACAAAGCCUCUACUGUAUGACAACUCCCUACUUUAAUUAUUCUUGCUGAAUACCUCAGUCAUUCUAUGGAAAUGAAGUACUGUAAAAGACCUGAGACACUGCCCUGGUCACCCUAGGUAUAAUUCUGUACUUAUAUCAAGAAAAAUGAUUUUAGGGUUUUUUCUAUUAGUCAUUAUAUUGUUGUAGGAAACAGCUUGAACUACAAAGGAUUGAAAAUUUAUAUGUAUCAUAUCAUAUAGGCUAGAAGAUUGUGAUUUAUAAAACCUAUUAUCUUAUGUUGUUUAAUAGAUGACAUUCUUAACUACUAGAACAAAAAAAGGGAAAUGCUUUGUACUACUGAUAUGUAUGCACUUUGCUUUAGUUUUAUUUCUAAUAAAAAAGUUUUAUA